AUGACGAUCCCUGUGUGGCUCCUGGUACCUGUGGGGCUGGGCUUGGCCGCAGCGGGCCCUGUCCCCACUGCCAAGCCCGCUACAGCCAGGAAAGCCUGCCACCUUGAGAGGUUUCUACCUAUGUCACCGCGGGAGAUGGAGUUCUUCAAGAAGGCGAAGGAUGCCUUGGAAAAGCAGCUCCUGCUGAUGGACUCCAGGUGCAGCUGGCACCUCUUCCCCAGGACCUGGGACCUGCAGCAGCUGCGGGUGUGGGAGCGCCCCGUGGCCCUGCAGGCUGAGCUGGCCCUGACCCUGAAGGUCCUGGGCAACAUGACAGACCCGGCCCUGGAGGAUGUCCUGGAGCAGCCCCUCCACACGCUGCGUCAUAUCCACUCCCACCCCGAGUCCCCUGGCUUCCUCCAGGCCUCUGUCACCUCCAACCUCUUCUGCCUGCUCAUCCGGGACCUGCGGUGUGUCAGCAGGCCAGACCUGUGA